AUGGCCCCACAAGCGGCAGCUUGGGCUAUCGUGCGAAUUUGCAGAAGCAGCAGCAGCUCGGUUGAGAUGAAGAAGUUAGUGGGCCAAUCGGGCUGCAUUCCGAAUCUGGUUCGGUUGCUCGAGGAGAAGAGUAACGGGGCUAGAGAAGUCGGGGCCCACGCGAUUUCGUGCCUGAUGAGUGUGUCUUGUAAUUGUCGGGAGGUGAAGAAGGAAGAGAAAAGCAUGCCGAGCCUGGUGGCGCUGUUGGACCCGAGCCAGCAGAACACGGCUAAGAAGUACAAGGUGACUUGCUUUGGAAUGUUGUGCUCGAGCAAGAAGUGUCGGAAGUGGAAGGUCUCGUAUGGGGCGAUUGGGUACCUGAAGAAGUUGAGCGAGAUGAUGUGCCGGGGGCGAAGAAGCUGCUCGAGAGGCUCGAGAGGGGGAGGCUCAAGGGGUUUUUCGGCCGGAAGUGAGGAGGGGUAA